AUGGCCCCUACUGCAAAUAGAACCCUCGACGGCCACAAGCUACUGGUCCUCCUAGGAGUAACAGGACCGCCAAAGUCGCUACUUGGCACGGAGUUCCGACUCGAGUGGAUAGCAGAGCUUAAAGAGCUGUUUCCUGGCCUGGAAAUCGUCACUGUCAGAGACACAACAUGGAAUACGCCAUCAUUCCAGAAGAAAUUCCCCAACGAAGAGUGGAAGGAUCUGGAGUAUGUGCAGCUGCAGAGUGCUGGUGCAAACCAUGUUCUCGACCACCCUCUGAUACGAGAAACAAAUGUCGCUCUCUGUACAGCUAGUGGUGUGCAUGGACCACAGAUAGCUGAGUGGGUAGUAACAACAUUUUUAGCCUUCCAACAUCAAAUUACUCGAUACGUUGAUAUCCAGCGCCAAAGCCGGUGGCAGAAGUUGGCAGAGCCCGUGAAUGACGCAGUUCAACAGCGAGUUGGCAUUCUUGGGUACGGCGCCGUCGGUCGCCAGGUAGCUCGAGUCUUGAAAGCAUUAGGCAUGGAUGUCUACGUGUGUACUUUGCACCCGCGUCUCUCGCCUGAGUCGCGCAGAGAUGAGACUUAUACGCCAGCAGGCCUCGGUGACCCUGAAGGCAUCUUGCCUAGCAAAUGGUUCUCGGCUGGGGAUACUGAAGGCUUACAUGAGUUUCUGAGCUCCGGCCUCGAUCUACUUGUCAUUACUCUUCCACUGACACGGAACACACGGGGUCUCAUCUCACGAAACGAAUUAGCUUUCCUUGCUAAACAGAAGACAUUUGUUUCAAAUGUCGGCCGGGGAGAGAUCAUCAAAACAGAUGACUUGAUUGACGCGCUUGAAGACGGCGUAAUCCGCGGAGCUGCACUUGAUGUGACAGAUCCUGAACCAUUGCCAGAUGGCCACCGCUUGUGGAGCACGAAGAAUCUGUUCAUUUCACCGCACGUCAGUGGAGAUUCUAGCGCUUACGCUCAAAGGAUAUAUGAGGUUCUCAAGUAUAACCUCAUUCGACUUAGUGAAGGAAGAGAGCUCACGAAUAAAGUGAACAGAAAUGAAGGAUAUUAA